AUGCCGACAAUAUCCCAUUUCCUCUCACUGGUCUCAAGAGAGAAUUCUACUUCCCCAAACUUAAGAAGCAGAGUUUUCCUUCCAACUAUUAGCCUGCAUGUUUGCCAGAUUACAUUUUAUAACUUCUUCAGCCACUUGAGUAGCAAACUGACGGUAGGUCUUCAAACUGGAUGUGGCAGUCCUAUUCAACAUAUAUGGCAAAACACAACUGGGCAGCAAAAUCAGUGGGAGAGAAAUGUCAUCAAAAUCCAGAGCUCACAGAGAUUUCAGGUUGUUUUUCAAGGUCAAAUAAUUGCAACUCAUGAACAGGAAGAAGUCAUAGCUAUUGAUGACAUAUCCUUUGGUUCAGGCUGCUUGCCAGCAGAUGAUGAGAUCUUACCAUGUGAAGAAUUGAGUGCUGAGCAGGAACUGUGUCAUCCAGAUACAAAUCUUUGCAAAUUUGCCACAGAUGAAGGGUUGAGAUUAUGUCACGCCUGUGGAUUUGUCUUUGACAUGUGUGGCUGGGCCUCGGAGGCUUCCACUGGGCAAAUUUCCUGGAUGCGCACCAUGGCAAAGGAGGUCCCUGUGUUUGAAUCUGCACCACCUCAGGAUCAAAGUGGCAAUAACGAAGGUUUCUAUGUGUGGUUUGGGGCCAACUAUACUUUCACUCUGAGCCAUUUAGACAGCAGGGCUUACUUAAACAGCUCUGUGUAUCACUGCUUGGGCACAAACUGCCGUCUCCAAUUCUAUUACUCUAUGGAAAACAGUGUUCUGAAAGUAGGACUGUAUAAUAAUAAGGAAGAAGAAACAUUUUGGCUAUACAAUACAUCAACUCACAGAAAAUGGGUGAAAGCAGAUGUGUUAAUACCAGAAGAUCUGAAAACAUUUCAGAUUGUUUUUGAAGGUGUUAUUUUGAGCCAGAGAAGUUUUAUUGGGCUCGAUCACCUGUGGAUUUAUGCCUGUGAACAGACCCACUCCAGAAAACUUUGCUCUGCAGAUGAAGUCACUUGUGCCAAUGGCCAGUGGAUUGCCCAAGAAUUGGAGUGCGACUCUGGACAGGACUGCUCCCAUAGAAGUGGUGAAGACCCAGAAACUUCCUCAAAUUAUCUCACCUGUGACUUUGAGUCUGGUUUCUGCGGCUGGGAGCCAUUUCUCAGAGAAGAUUCACACUGGGAGCUGGUGAAAGGUCUGAAUAAUGGAGAUGUGCCUUUUCCCAAUGCUGAUCAUACAACAAACACAGAUAAUGGAUCAUUUAUUUCUUUCUGGGCACGUAAGUCCCCUGGGAUGGCCAGGCUUGGAAGUCCUGUUCUUACCAAAUUGCUCACAGCCUCUGCUCCAUGUCAGGUGCAGUUUUGGUAUUAUCUGUCUGAGCAUUCAUAUCUCUCAGUUUUUACAAGAACAUCACUAGAUGGCAAAUGGCAAAUGCAAGGGGAAGUGAUUGGAUUCUCUGAGUCUCACUGGAGCCAAGCAAAAAUCAAUCUCUAUUCAGAAGCUGGAGAGUGUACUCUGCCUUUCCAGUUAAUUUUAGAAGCUACUGUUACAGAAUCAAAUGCUACUGUUGCUGUAGAUGAUAUCAGUGUAUCCCAGGGAUGUGAAAUUUCCUAUGAAUUGCUUCCAGGUGCCAAAAUACAAAACACAGUUUCCAAUUGUGAUUUUGAAGCAAACAGUUGUGGUUGGUUUGAAGCACUUGAUGGUGACCAUUUUGAUUGGAUAUGGAGUUCCAGGAGUAAACUUUCCGCUGACAUUAUGAAACAGGCCCCACCUUGGGAUCAUACUCACAACAAUUCUGAAGGGUAUUUUAUGUUCAUUAUGAAGAAGAACAGCAGCUUAUUCCAAGUUGCUAAACUCCAGAGUCCAACUUUUGGCCAGACAGGGUCUGACUGCACACUUUCCUUCUGGUUUUAUAACUAUGGCUUAGCAGUGGGAGCAGCUGAACUACAACUACAUAUGGAAAAAUCCAAUGAACCCACAACCCUCUGGAGAGUGUUAUAUAACCAGGGCAACCAGUGGUCACAAGCAACUGUUCAGCUAGGGCGCCUCACCCAGCCUUUCUACUUGUCAUUUGAAAAAGUCAGUCUGGGCAUUUAUGAUGGGGUCUCAGCAAUUGAUGACAUAAGAUUUGAAAAUUGUACUCUUCCUCCUCCUACUGAGAGCUGUGAAGAGUCAGAUCACUUCUGGUGUCAACAUACCAAGGCUUGUAUAGAAAAGCUUCAGUUAUGUGACCUGGUGGAUGAUUGUGGUGAUGGCUCUGAUGAGGCUGACUGUGCACCUGAACUACAGUGUAACUUUGAAAGUGGACUUUGUAACUGGGAACAAGGUACAGAAGAUGACUUUGACUGGACCAGGAACCAGGGUCCAACUUCCACACUUAACACAGGGCCAAUGAAGGAUAAUACUUUGGGCACAGCUAAAGGACACUAUCUCUACAUAGAAUCUUCUGUGCCACAGGUUUUCCAAAACAAGGCGACUUUACUCAGCCCAAUCCUUAACACCACUGCCCCCCAGGACUGCACCUUCCGUCUGUACUACCACAUGUAUGGAAAGCACAUUUAUAGACUGGCUAUCUACCAGCGAAUCUGGAGCAACUCAAGAGGACAGCUGCUGUGGCAGAUAUUUGGGAAUCAAGGCAAUAGAUGGAUAAGAAAGCACCUCAAUCUUUCCAGCAAGCAGCCCUUUCAGAUUUUGGUGGAAGCGACAGUGGGGGAUGACUUCACUGGAGAUAUUGCAAUUGAUGAUUUAUCAUUCCUGGACUGUACCCUCUACCCAG